GCUCGACUUUUCAUCUAUACUUCAAAGCAUCCCACAUAUACAGCACUCAACAUCGACGCACUCAUCAAAAUGCAUUUCUCCACCGCCGUUACCGCCCUCGCUACCGUACUUACCCUCGUCACUCAAGGCUCCUCCUAUGUCAUAGACGUUUACGACUCCGACAACUGCUCCGGCGGGUCCCGCGAAGUUAACGUGUGGGACAACACCUGCGCUACUUGGAUGGGAGGCUUCAAGUCCUACAAGCCAAAGGUCUACGGAGGCCCUCACCAGAAGGCGUACUUUUUCGUUCCUGGUAACUGCGGUGACCUUACUACAUCCUUUGGGGGCCAUUGGGCAGACGGAGGCGAUGGCGAUUUUCAGGCUGGCAGAUGCAUGAAUUUUGGUUCCAAUCGUGUUGUGAAUGCGGCUUCUUCUUACCGCGGAUAAACUACGGAGACACUCUGAUUGGAAGCAAGAUUGGGUGAGGCUCUGUGAUGGUAGUGGAUGAUACACG